CAAUAGAAAAACUUACAGUAAACAUGAGCGGAAAGUGCUUUAUAUUGUUCGCGUAUGUCUUAUAUGUUGGAGUAUUUAAAAUAGUAGAUGCCCAACAUGGGCAGCCCAUCAAACGCGCAAGAAAUCCACAUAUUAGUACUACCAGUUUUACCAGAAGUCCUGCUAUUCCCGACAGAAAGACUUGUGGUUUUCAGGAUCCCCAUUUCCAAUACGCUGUUGGAGACCCGACGGAGUCACGGUUACCUAUUGGUAAAAUGCCUCGACUAAGAGUUGUUGGAGGGAUAGAAACUUCUUUGGAAGAACACCCUUGGAUGGCAUUACUGGGUUAUAAAAAUCGUUCUGGGGCAUUCAACUGGAAAUGUGGAGGCACACUAAUUAGUCAAAGAUAUGUAUUGACAGCUGCGCACUGUGUAACUGGCAGCAUUGAAGAUGUUUAUGGAAAACUUACAUAUGUCAAAUUAGGUGUGCAUAACAGCACUACACUAAUAAGUUGCGAUAUACACAGAGAUUGUAAUGAAAAGACUGUCAUAAGAGGAAUUGAAAGUUUCUCGUUUCAUAAAAAUUAUGAUAAAACUAAGGCAGCUACUCCUAAUGACAUAGCAGUUAUAAGGCUUAAUCAAACAGUUGAAUACUCAACCUAUAUUAGACCUAUAUGUCUCGCUGAGCCAUACGAAGAAUCAAAAAUUAACGAUCGACUUACAACAGUUGGCUGGGGUAAAACAGAAAAUGGCGAAUGUUCCCAAGUCAAACUCAAAGUUGAUGUACCUUUACGUACAAACCAGUAUUGUACAGAGCAGUAUAUAAAAAAAUUAUUAAUAAUUAUUCUUAGCGACUCCCAAAUAUGCGCUGGAGGUGAACAGGGAAGAGACACUUGUGAUGGUGAUGGUGGAGGUCCUUUGCUUAGGUUGACCGAUAAUGGGAAGCAGUGGUACCAAGAAGGCAUCAUCAUAGGUGGAGUAUCAGAUUGUCUGGCAGGUUUGCCGGGAAUCUAUACAAAAGUUUCAAGAUUCUUAUCAUGGAUUCAUAGUCAUGUUAAGGAGUAGUGAUUGUAAAAUGUACAAAAUAACAGCAAUUUGAGUUGUUUUUAAUUGAUUUACAUUCUUUCAUUUUAUUUCCUCUAAAUAUAAGCUAUUCACUGUU